UUUUGGAGUAGAAAAUGGAGUAAUACAUUGGAGUAAAACUCAACUGCAUUUUGGAGUUACUCCAUUUUAGAGUAGAAAAUGGAGUAAUACAUUGAGAUGCUCUUAGGCUAUUAACCACCCACCACUACUUUACGUCUUUACUAGAAGUAGCUAGCAGUGUCACUCACUUCCCAAGACACCACUCCUCUGGUAACCCUGAACUCUUUCUCUCUAUCUCUUUGUGUGGCUCCUUUAUCUUCCCCUUCUCUCUCUUCUCUCCAGAAGCAAGAAGAGUAUGGAUUAUCUCAGAGCUUUCAUCUUCCUAGUCCUUAUUCUCUCAGCCAUUUCACUCUCAGAUGCAGGUUCCGUUGGUGUCAACUACGGGCGAAUCUCGGACGAACUGCCAUCUGCAUUCAAAGUAGUACAGCUCCUUAAAUCCCAAGGGAUAGACCGGGUGAAAAUCUUUGACGCAGACCCGGCUGUUCUCAAAGCCUUAUCCGGAUCUGGAAUCCGGGUCACAGUAGAUCUCCCAAACGAAAUGCUUUUCUCAGCCGCCAAACGCCCUUCCUUCGCCGCCUCAUGGGUCAAAAGCAAUGUAGCAGCGUACCAUCCUUCGACGCAGAUCGAAUCAAUCGCGGUAGGAAAUGAAGUCUUCGUAGAUCCACAUAACACAACCAAGUACUUAAUCCCAGCUAUGAGAAACAUUCACAAAGCUCUCGUCAGUUACAACCUCCACUCAUCCAUUAAAAUCUCUUCUCCUUUAGCUUUAAGCGCUCUUCAAAACUCUUACCCUUCUUCCUCCGGAUCUUUCCGACCAGAACUCGUCGAUCUCGUCAUUAAACCGAUGUUGGAUUUCUUACGCGAAACCGGUUCGAGACUAAUGAUCAAUGUCUAUCCUUUCUUCGCUUACGAAGGAAACUCAGAUGUGAUCCCUCUCGACUACGCUUUGCUUAGAGAGAAUCCAGGAAUGGUUGAUUCCGGUAACGGUUUGAGAUACUUCAACCUCUUCGACGCACAGAUCGACGCCGUUUUCGCAGCUAUGUCGGCGUUGAAGUACGACGAUAUUGAGAUUAUCGUGACGGAGACUGGAUGGCCGUCGAAAGGAGACGAGAACGAAGUCGGAGCCAUCGUGGCAAACGCAGCGUCGUACAACGGAAACUUAAUCCGUCGGAUUUUAACCGGAGGUGGAACUCCGUUACGUCCCAAAGCAGAUCUCACCGUUUAUCUCUUCGCUCUCUUCAACGAAAACAAGAAGUUCGGACCUACGUCGGAGAGAAACUACGGUCUCUUCUUCCCUGACGAGAAAAAAGUCUACGACAUUCCUUUCACGCAGGAAGGGUUAAAGCAUUACCGCGACGGUGGUCAUAAUACUCCGGCCACCGGGAAUCAGCAAGUCACGCCUCCGAACAACGGUGGUGGAGUGUCGAAGAGCUUGACGGGGAGCACGUGGUGUGUGGCUAAUGGUGAUGCCGGUAAGGAUCGGCUACAGGGUGGUUUAGAUUACGCUUGUGGUGAAGGUGGUGCUGAUUGCCGCCCCAUCCAGCGUGGUGCCCCGUGUUACAGUCCAGAUACGCUUGAGGCCCACGCUUCCUUUGCUUUCAAUAGUUAUUACCAGAAGAAAGGUCGUGCUGGUGGUAGCUGUUACUUCGGUGGCGCCGCUUACGUCGUUAGCCAACCACCAAGGUUGCGCAUUUUAAUUGGAUUUUAUUUGGUCAAAUAUGGAGAGAGAGACAAUGUUCCCACGUGAACGUCUAGUGAUUGAUUGGUACACGACGUGUCGACGACAUUUCUAUAGAAAUGUGAUCCAGGCAAUGAGUACGGAAGAUGCGAGUUUCCGACAGGAUACUAAAGGAAUAAGAGAAUCCAAGGGAGAGGAUUUAUUCUGCCAUAUAUAUUCGUAUCUUGGUUGUGUUUUGUUUAGCCAGAAGUUCUUAGUUAAUUUUUGGAACUUUUGACUUUUAAUUUUAUGUUGUUAAUAUCGACUGAAACGAUGUUCUUGAUAUUUACUAUUUAGGUAACGAAAUUAGUAUGAUGUUAACUAAAUGGGACAUCGUCGGGACAAAAAGUCGAC